AUGGAGAAGAGGAUGCUUGAAGCCACCAUCCUGGAGAUGGUCAAGGGUAUCCCCAAUGUUGUCCAACUCGGGGACCAUUGGGAUGUACAACUGCUCUCUAAAUUCAGCUCUAGACAGGAGCUGCUCACCACCUUUUGUGCCUUUGUAGUUGCUCAUUGCAUGAUAAUCAAGAUUCCCAACAACUUUGUUAUUCAUAAUGGUAUUGGCUACUUUAUCAACUUUGAUCAUGCCUCAAUCCUUGUGGAAGGCAGAAGUAGCACUUAUUCACAUGGUACAGGAACCAUGCCCUACAUUCUGAUCCAUAUUCUUCAGGCUAUGCUUGAUUCAGUCCUGCAUGGGGUCAAUACCAAUGUCACAGACCAGGAUGCUCAUCUGAACCAUGUGAACAGCAUUGAGGGUGGCCAAGACAUUAAUGCUGACAUGGGACUCAUUGAACACUGGUGUGGAUAA